AUGUGUUUACUGGAACCCGGAGUAUGGCACGGUGGACUUUGGAAAAGUAAUGAGUCGGAUUGGAGCUUACAGUUUACGGAUAUCGAUUAUGCCGUGUUUGUCGGGGGUCAAGAGGCCUCCUUGCGUCCUCACUAUGGCUUGCCGAAUGGUAACCUCCCAGCGUUUGACAGUUUCCUGACGACCCCGAACCCGUAUGGCCGAGUGACAUACCGAUACACACCCUUAAUGGCUCUACUAACGUAUCCUAAUUGGUUGUUCGGGGACAGCGCAGGAAAGUACGUCUUUUGCAUACUCAAUUUCGUUACCUUCCACUACAUCAAGCGGAUAUUGCGUCUUUUCCACGUUGCGCCGGUGCCCGAGCGGAUACUGAUGGCUCUCGUCACUCUGAACCCGGUAAUAAUACAAGUUGCUGCCAGGGGAAACUCCGAUGCUAUAAUGACUUCGCUCGUGGCUGCCACCAUCUACUACUACCUUCGGAAACGAUAUCUGCUCGCUGCAUGCCUCCACGGACUUAGUAUCCACAUGAAGAUGUACCCCAUCCUCUUUACUGUCCCCCUGGUCAUCGGCAUGAACAGCUGGACUGACCCACGACAAGUCAUCUCACACGUCGUCGGACAUUCCUCCAAGAAAGCUAAUGGCCUAGAACUAGCCACCCUCGAAUCUGACCGAACGGCCACUGGCUGGUUUGCCUUGUACGAAGCCAGUCAGAACCGGCGCUUGACUCUCAGGACCCGACUCACUUACGCUUUCAUCUUGGCCACCCGCAUCGCCUUCUGGCCCCUGUGGAUCGGGCUCGAGUGGGCCAAGAGACUCACCACUGACCAGUGGCUCUUCGGCUUCCUCUCCGUCGCGGUCGGUUUCGGCCUCACUGCUAUCGUCUACUUCCGGUACGGCUGGGUCGCACUCUACGAAGGCUUCCUCUACCACUUCGUGCGACAUGACCAUCGACACAACAUGGCCGUCGUCUCCACCUGGGCCACCCUCAUCACGCCCAGGAGGUACUACGGCUUCAAACUACCCACCCUACUCGGAGCACUUCCAAUGAAAAUUCUGCUCACAAUCGGCAAUAAAUUACUGGUGAUAUUGAGUGGCCUUGUGUUGGUGCAUAUAUCAGUUCCGCUCGCUUUGUUUGUCCAGGUAUUGUUGUUUGUGGCUUUCAACGGAGUUGUUACCGUGCAAUACUUCGUUUGGUACAUGUCGCUCCUGCCUUUAGCCAUCGCCACGGCGCCAAAAUGGCGAAGCACCUACCAAGGGAAAACCACGAACUGGCGCGAAUGCUUGCGCCUCUUAAAACCUCUAUUGACCGUUUGGUUGCCUUUAUGGUUGACCGCCAUCUUGUCCUGGGUUCUCUUCUCCGACUGGUUCGAACAUCGAGCUCGUGGAGAUGCUGGUGUUGCUACGGCUGUCGGUUUGGUGACGUCCAAUAAGGAGUCCCUGAUGCUUAGCAAAUACGGUCUCAAUGCCUUAGCCGAGUUGUUGACUCCUCCAAAGAUCAAAUACCGCGAAAACGCGUUGGAGGCGUUUUAUAUUGAUGACGGCGGAGUGAUAAGUGCGCUUAAUAGUCUAGCUAGCAAACUCAAGACCCCUCAACAUGACGAACAAGCCGAGGCCAUCGCCAAAAUUCUGAAGGCCAUAUUUGAGGCGGCGGAGGAGUAUGAGUCAUUGAAUGUGCAGGGAGCGUUGGCGAAGACGCCGGUGGCGAAGGUGUUGUCCAGUUUGGCUGCGGUUGGUAUCCAGGUGGAAGGGGUACUGACUCCGUUGAUUUAUUCGGUGGAUAAGGCGGCGAACUACGACUUGAUUUCCGGUGCGGAGGCGGAGCCUAUAGCGGAGGGUAUUGCGUCUUCAUUGAAGGAGGCAGAGGGGAUAAGUGCAGAGACGAAGGGUACGGCAGUCUUGGCGUUAUGCGGGAUCGGUAAUCGAAAUCCGGGUGUGGUGCCGAAGUUGGCGCAGGCGGGUGUACCGAGUAUUGCGGCAGAUUAUUUAGAGAGCUGUAACUUCAAGGAUAAGGCUGAGCAGGGCAAGGCGGAAACGUGUUUGCGGUUUCUGGGUCAGGCAAAUAACGACUAUCUGAAAGCAAAUGAGACUAUCGAGGAGAAGUGUCGUUUAUGCCAUAAAUUGGCCCCAGCCAUUGACUGCAACAACAAGAAGAUUAGUAACCUGGCGUGUAAAGCUACGAGUGCGCUGUUUACGGACGAGGAGUUCUUCGACGCUCUUAACACAGUGGGUUCACCGGAUGCCGAUAUGCCUUCUCGUCUGCAAGCGUAUGCCGUGCUGGGCGCGUUAGCGGCAGACACUUCCUACGCCCAAAAGAUUGUAGACGCGGGUGGUAUUCCGAGUUUGCUGGCGGCUUUGGAGAACUCGGCGGCCAACUUGGCGUCGGGUGAGAACCGAGAACAGGAGCUAUCAGGUGUCAACUCAGUCCUCACUCUACUAACCCGUAUUGCCCAGAGCGGUCAGGACCAGGUAAUGUUGGACAACGGGUUGCUAGACACACUAGACAACACACUUGCCCAACUCGACCUUAGUCUGGAUGGCCCUGUGGCCGCCCGAUUGGCAGGUGUUUUAGCGGCCGUCUGUACGAAUGAAACGGUGGCACAGGAGGCUGAGAGUCGUGGUUUGUUAUCGAAGAUUCUUAACCUGAUUCAAGAAAAUUGUAUGAAUGAAGACUUCCAAUAUGGUGCCUUGGAAUUCAUCGAUCAGAUCUCUACAUACGCUAGUCUGGUACCAUCCUUAAUUAACAGUAGUGCCUUCGAGAUCCUGCUCACCGCUUCGCAGUAUCAUUUAGAUGCGGAUCGUUACCAGUCUGCGUGUUUACGUGCGUUAGUUAAUUUAUCGACGAGUGUGGCAGAUGUGAGUUAUGCAGCUCAGGACGGUGGUUUCGAUGCGUUGGCAAAGAGUCUAGCUGCAGCUGCUGGCGAUGUCUCAUUAGCAAGACUUGCAUUGGACGUAUUAUGGAAUGUAAGUGCCAGUGCGAACGCUGAAAGUGCAAUGGCGAAUGAGAACCUGAUUGCGGCAAUUUGUCUGGCGAUCUACGUGCUCAACGACCCAGGUAUCACUCAGUUGGGUAAGGAGAUUCUGGAGACUGUAUGCACGAGCGAUAUUCUUGUGGCAAUCGCAGGAAAUGGUGCUCUCGCCAACUGGCGCGCUGACCCUCUGGAAGCCUUGAAACAGGUCGCCUCUUGUUCCGUCUUAUGCUCCAUUCCAGGCGUAGGGACACCGGAAGCCAUGGACGCAAGUGUUAACGCCACUUUAGGGGUGAGUGCGGAUAUGUUGAGUGCGGAAGAGGAAACUGUUUUCGAGUCGGCAGCUUUACGCACGGCAUUGCCCUUAGGUGAUAAGGCAGGAGCCGCGCUCUUUCUGGCAGGUCUAAAAGUCAGCGGAUCCGUGUUUAGUUUUGCCCCUCCGAGUUUGGUGGACUCCAGAAUCGGCGAACUCAGCUCAAACUUGGCUGACUCUGGUUUGGCCAGGAUUAUUUUGGCCGAACCAACGAAGGAGUCGGUGUUGAUUGAGGGUUUGUCUGGUCUAGCGGCGGUGACUCAGGCGGGUAAAGUUAAUGACCCAGCGGCAGUAACGGCAGUGGUACAAGCUUGCUUGCGUUGCCAUUCUACGUUUGAGGAGUUUCGACAUGUGAGUUUGGCUACUCAAGAGGCACUGGGAGGUGUGCUCAAAGGUCCGGGUGCUCAGCAGGCGUUGGAGUUAGAUGCGCCAGUGGCUAUCGUCAACUUUACCAAGCGAUCCAAGUUCCAAGCCAACUCAUUGCUGCAGGGUUUGGUUAACAUCCGGUAUCAGAUCGUAAAUGCUGAGGGAGCCCUACCCAUAUUCAAACGAGAAGGCACACUCCCAGUGGUGUUGGCUGCCGUCCGUGCUCAUGGCGCUAACGCCAAGGUGCGCGAAGAGGCAGGCCGUGUCAUCCCGCUCCUUAUGGACAUGGCGGAGGCAGAGGCGGCAGGUGCGCGAAUUGUCCAGGAACUGCAGACGGCGCAUGGCAAAGGGGAAGCAGGCGAGGGGGACAUGGUCAACACCCUUGUGGAGGCCCGGGGAUUAUGUAUGUCUCGUGACGUAGCACGCGUGGUCGGAAGGUUGGGAGGUGCCGAGUUGUUGAGUACCAUAGCCAACAACCGCGAAAAUCACUCCGAAGCGAAGCGGGAUCAGAUUACGUCGGAGGCGAUGGGUGUGGUGGGUGCCUUAGCGAGUACGAUUGCGCCCAAAUUGCGUCAGCAGGACUUCUUUAAGACGUCAGCGUGGUUGCUGCAAGAGGAGUCCAAGGUCCCGACGGUUGAGGGUAUCGAGAGUUCGGCUUUUGCCGCACGACAGCUCUUUGGCGAAGAUAAAGACGCAGAUGCCGCCUACAUGUACAGCACCGUAACCACCUGUUGCCAAGCGCUCAAUGAGCAUGGCGACAGCGCCGGCGUGGUUGACCAGUGCGGACGGCUGCUUAAGUCGAUCGCGCAAGAUCCGCGCACACGCCACCUUGCGACCAGCGAGGAAAUGAAACAAGCACUGGUGGACGCCGCCCAACGACUACCCACGGAACGCGACCGACGAGCGCUUCUCGCACUUCUCGCUGGUGGUCUUGCCGCUGGUAACGCAGACUUGUCGAGCCUUGUACUGCAACACAUCGACCUAGCUUUGCUCUCCGGACUACUUGACAACCCGACAGAGGGCCCAUUGGCGCUGCAGGUGCUUGAGGGACUGGGUCAUGCGGGCGGUGAGCUUCGUGAUAACUGGGACCAGCAGACAGAGGAUAGCACGUUGGUUACUACAGUGCAGCAGGUGAUUGAAUUGAUUGGGAGUGCGGAAGACGACCCUGACACUAUUGCAGGGGCGAUAGCCGGUUUCAAUGCACUCACCCGUGCCGGCAAGGACACGGCUACCUCCAAACUUGCCAUGUCGCCCGUGUUGAGCGCACUUGUGAGUAAAUAUGAGGGGUCGCACGCGGGCUUCCGCGAAGCCGUGAACAACCUGUACAGCAACCUGCCGCCCGUGGGGACCGAAAUGCAAGGUUAUAUCCGUGCUGCGAUUGACGCCUAUAACGGCAGUGACAUGACUGGCAUGAACCGUAAUCUCAUGCUCAUCGUAGCCGCCCUGCGCGCACCCAUCCAAGACCCAGAGGUUAACAUGGCUGAGAUGCCCGAGCUACUGCAAUGUUUGACGGCCAUGGGCGCCGGUCCUGGCGCUGACAAGAACGCAGCCGGCAUGGGUGUUAAGAUCAUGUCGCAGCUCGCACAAAAAUACGAGGAUAAUCCCUUCGGGUACGUGACGCUUAUGGAGAACAACUGCCACCAAGUUUUGCUGAGCGUUGACAACAAAAGCUCAACCCUGUCUUCGCGUGGGCCGUCCGUGAAGGCGGCCUCGGAAGCCAUGACCUACAUGGCUCUUAAUCCGGAUUGGCGCGAGACUUUUCUUGAGGCGCAUUUGGCGACGCCUAUUGAACUGUCUAUCCUCGAAGACUUCGAUCGCGAACCGGACGUAAAGGGCAGCGUCGUGAAGCUGUUGGAUGCCAUCCUGGGAGGUCCACCUUCGCCGUUUGUUGACGCACUGUUUGAGAAUGCCGAAUGGAAGGAGAAGGUGACGCAAAUGAUCGUCUCCGAAGCGCAACAGGGCAAAGGCGAUAUGGCGAAACUUUUCCGUCUCCUCGAAGGCGUCGCUCGCAGCGGCGUGCCCACGGGCCUGGGGGAUGCACUCAUGACCGCGGUUGAUGCAUUGAUAAACCAAUUGAAUGACUCAGACAAUGUGGACUCCGAAACGGGCGCAAGUGUGAUGAACUUCGCAGAUGCCAUUAAUGACAUCGAGAAUGCACUUGGGAGAGAGAAGGGAUACGCCCUACUUGAGGCUUUGAGUCGGAAACUUGCUGGAAUGGAUGACAAAGGAGAUAUUGUGAAAGGUCGUUACUUUGUCAAGAUUAAGGAGCUGAUAGCGAGUGAUGGGCCGGAGGCGAUUACUAUGAAGCUGCUUGACACACUGGGUGACUGUUUAGAUGCGGCCCAGGGCAAUAUUCAAUCCAUUUUAUCGCCGCUAGAGGAGGGUCUUCACGGCGAUCCGGAGACGGUGGCUUUAACGCACUCGGUUAUUGAGACGCAGCAGGUUCAUGAACGUAUCAUGCAAACAAAUAAUGAGGAGACACCUCCUAUCUUUAAUGAGACGGAGUCCCUCAAUCAAUAUCUCCGGGUGCUCAAUGACCAGCUGGACGAUCCCGUGUUCAAGACCAAGUUUGUGGAUAUGGAUGCGUUGCAUCAGAAGCUUGCUCAAAUUGAUCAGAAUGCCACCAAGGACGCGGAGACUGAGCACCUGUUGGACACGAUUCAGCAAAAGCUAGCUGAAAUUGUUAACGAGGAUGGGGAUGUAAUCAGUAUAGAUUUCCGUAAUGGUAACGUAAUCAAGAAUCUGGAAGUAAAGCAUUUGGAGGGGGCCCCACCUCCAGAGGAGUUGACAGUUCGUAAGGUGUAUGGUUAUUUGAAGAAACGGCUGGUAGACGAACAGGAGAUUUCACCGUUCAAAGAUCAGGAUCCAAUUUUAAUGCAAUGGUUUGAAUUUGUAUGGGGACGAUUGAAUGAAUAUUCGGCAGAUGAAAGAUUAACUAAAGAAAUGUUCCGAGGAGAUGAAUGCAAAUGGGGAUGUUUAUGUUGGGAGUUAUGGUUGGAAAAUGAUUAUGAUUUGUGCGAUAGUGUGUUAGAAUGGAAUGUACAUGAUACUAUUUGUGUAACGAAUCUGAUUGCGGCACAGCAGACAGGUGCUUAUAAAGAUGUGGAAAUUUGUACACCUGCCUCGUCAGCAUUAUCAGCGAUUGCAUUAAAGACAACACCAGGUGGACGAACGGUAGCGGACUUGGAGGGUAUUGCCGAAACAUUGCAAUAUAAUAUUCGUGUAUGUCUUGAUGACGAAGUGGUUUAUAAUCGUCAGGAUCAUAUGAUUCCUCGUCUAAAAGCAGUUGAGAGAGUAGCCGUGGAUCGUAGGGUCUUUCCUGAUCCAGGGAUACAGGAGGUGAUGUUGGAAUGUUGGGAUCGUUAUGAUGAAGGGACAUACGGGAACCCUUUAUUGAGACAACUUUAUAGGGCUAUGCGUCGAGCUUUACAUCCCAACCAUGUUGACUUAAUUAAGAAGCAAGAUGUUUGUCGUCGGUUGGUGGAUGAAUUAAAAAAAAAUAAAGACCCUACAGUGCUGAUCGAUGGCUUCUUCCUACUAGGUAUCUUGGCUGGCUUCCCAGCCUGCCGUGACCUAAUUGGAAAAGCAAAUGGUGUCGAGGAAUCUCUCAUUGUACUACGAGACCAUCUAAGUGAUGCCCCAAACGUAGGUGUCGUAACCAACGUUCUAUCCGCUUUAGGCAAUAUCGUACUCGAUCAUCGUGGAAAUGACGAUGCUUUUGUUCGACUUGACGGACUUAAAACUGUAGUAUGGGUAUUGAAUAAUCGCUCUCAGAACUACCCAGAAAUGAAUGCUGCCGCUGCACUUGUAGCUAAUAGCUCUUACCGACGGGAUGAUAUUAAGGCAUUGUAUGGUAGCAGUCGCGUGGGUGGACCGGCUGCACUUACCAGUGCUAUCGUUAGUUAUGAUGGCAAUGAUAGCGAACAUGCAUAUCGCGCUCUGACAGCGCUGUUCAAGGCUAUUGCUAACUUGGCGUUAUAUACACCUAACAUCGACCCGAUCGUGGACAACGGACUGGCAGAAGCAUACUAUGCUAUCUUGACACAAGCGGAAGUGAUUCCGGAUCGUGUUAUAAGUGCUAGUUUACUCACACUGGCGAAUAUCACCCAGGAAUAUGUACCACGAAUCAGCGCAAAGUUCCAACCCAUUCUGGCCCCUCUGAUUGUUGCUGGACGUAGUGAAAGUCGACAGGACGCGACAUUGAUCGCUCUAAUUCUCGACUCCAUCGCGUCGCUGUGUCGACUCGAGGAAAAUGCCGCAGCCAUUACUGAGUCAGAUGGCGCUGGAUAUGUGCUGUCGGCGCUUACAGAUUGGGGUAGUUACAGCCCGGAAGUGUUGAAGUCUGGUGUGCAAGCGUUGGGUCAAAUCUCGAAAACGACGGAGAACAUCGAGGCGAUCUUGAGCUACGACGGACUCACACUGGUCACGACCAUUCUGAACGGGGAAUACUUCCCGGCUGAGUCGGAAGAGAACGCUGAAAACGCAGUACCGGAUGUUCUGAAACAAGAAAUUGCUGCGCUAUGUUUCCGUUGUUUGCGUAAACUUAUGGCUGGCUAUCAGUGGCCGGAAACUUUCGGUGCAUACUGCCAAGCCGGCGGUAUCAGUACAUGGGUCUGGUGGCUGGAACAAUUAUGUCAGGGAUCGGAUCCGAGUUCGGCCAUCAUUACGGAGGCGUUGGCAGUGGGAGCUGGUUUGGUUAAGAUUCUGUCUACGCCUGAGGCAGAUCACAGCUCUCAGGUGUAUACACUGCUUCACGGCCAACCUCUUGAGGAGGCAGGUGGCGGUAGCGGCUACGGACCGACCGAUCGACAGGAGGACCCGACCUUCGUCGACCAGAUGGGGCUGGACGUGUACACGCUGGGUAGCGCGAUGCAUCGCACGAGUGUCCUCAUGGAGGUGGAGGCCAGUAGACAAAAUGCACGCGCCUUUACACCCGCCCUGUACCUGCUCUGUAUGUUUGUGAGCUAUGUGCCUUAUGUACCAGGUGCACUUGAAUCACUGUUGGAGGGUGACCAGCAAUAUGUAAUGGAGGCCGUCGACCACAACAUGUCGCUAACGAUCGAGAGUGUGGGAGAACAAACUGACGAGGCUUGGGAGCUGAUUGCGCAAUUGGUCAUGAAUGGCGCUUACACCUGGGGUAGUCCUGCAUUCGAUGAGCAGUUGCGGCAGUCGUACAAGAGCGUGCAAAAAAUGAUGGACAAACAGCCCAAGCACAUACGCAAAGGUGUCGAGAGGUUCUUCGGUGUGUGGAAAAGUCUAGGACCAGACACUGCCCAACCUUACGUACAGCUACACCCCGAUGCCGACCGCCUAACCUCCUGGCACCGUGAGGCGUAUCCGAAUGGCGUGCAGGAUUUGGCUUACAAAGACGAGUUGCGAAAAGGUGGUAUUUGCGAAAUUGUGGACGAAGCCACGAAAGAGAAGGUUGGCGUGUUCUGGAGAGCCAACCAGACUCUCAGACACCUCCAGUGGCGCAAACAAUCCGAGGCCGGAGUAAGUUCGGGAGCUGCGGAAGAACCCGCUGCCGCCACCGGUAAGAUCCGGAAACGAGAUAAGCUCAAAGGCCUCCUUACCCGCAUGGCUAGCAUGGGUCAAGCCGAUACGGAAGCACCCGUCAAGGCCGCCAACAUCGACCUUGGUACUCUCGAAUUCACCUCCCAAUUACCCGCCGGACGCGUGCGAUUCUCCAAAGGUGCUGAAACCUCUGCAUUCAAAGCAUACGGCGUUGGAGGUGUCAGUGGUGUCAGUCCCGAUAAGUGUAUCUCAAUUCUCGGUCCGCCCACCGCCGAAAACCCCGCUGGUGAAGAACUCUCGAUGGUCUUCGGCAGCAAAAAGGAACGAGACUACAUCCUCCUCAUGUUCACCGAGUGGCGACACGCUCUCGCCAAUCAGUAA